AUGGAAGCUGUGCCAGAUAUCAGUGAGCAGCCUAUUUCCGAGAAAGCGCUUGAGGCUGGUGCUGGUGUGGAGAGUCACUCUUAUGAAGCAGGCAGCGGUAGUCCAGUAACUGCCAAUGAACCAGCCGGUGGUGAUUUGGCUUCGUAUACGUUCUCCAAGAAACAAAUUGCUUAUACAAUGGUUGGCAUAGGCAUGCUGUUUUUUAUUGCUGCCCUGGAUGCAACUAUCAUGGCCAGCAUUUAUGUGCCAAUUGCCAGUGACUUUGGUGCACUGGGCCAGGCUGUCUGGAUUAUCACCACGUACAUGCUGUCGUCGACAGUUGUGCAGGCAAUUAUCGGCAAAAUCAGCGAUGUCCUUGGCCGCGUGGAAACGACUCUUACCAGUACCACCAUAUUUUUGAUUGGCUCCGUUCUUUGUGGAGCAUCGCAGUCGAUGAACAUGCUUAUCGCCAGCCGCACAAUCCAGGGAAUCGGCGGCGGAGGGAUUCUUGGGCUGUCAGUAGUACUGAUGGGUGAUAUUGUCAGCGAGCGCGAACGCGGCAAAUAUAUUGGCGUAAUUUCCGGUACACUGGGAAUUGCCACUGUGGUUGGACCGGUUAUGGGCGGUGGCAUUAUCGAGCACGCUUCAUGGCGAAUCGUGUUCUGGAUCAAUAUUCCGAUCUGCAUCAUUUCCAUGGCUCUGAUCUUCUUCACGCUCAAGCUGCCAAAGACCAAGGGAAGGUUCAAGGAGAAAAUCAAGCGCAUUGACUUUAUCGGCUGUGUGUUGUUCGCCAUUGGAAUGGUUCCUAUUUUGCUUGGGCUGUCUUGGGGUGGUCAACAGUACGAGUGGACAUCGGCGCAGGUCUUGGCAUGUCUCAUUUGCGGAUUUGUCAUACUGCUUGUGUUUGGAUAUGUCGAGUACCGCUUUGUUGCUGACCCAAUCAUCCCAAUCCGUCUCCUGGGAAACCACAAUGUCUUCUCAGGCCUAGUGGCGUCACUUGCUACAGGUGCUAUACUCUACGGAAUUGCCAAUAUAAUUCCUACCUGGGAACUCGCGGUCAAGCAUGCAUCAACAAUAUCGGGUGGAUUGCAUCUUAUACCAUCUGCCGUUGGCUACGCAUUAGGAGCACCAUUUACAGGUGUCUACAUGGCUAAGCUCGGUCGAUACCUCGCUCCCCUCAGAGUUGGUGCAGUGCUUGCUGCAGCUGGUGCAUCAUUGCUUCUGCUGUAUAAAACGAGCACCGGGAUGGCAGAGCGAAUUAUUUAUCUGUUUCUAGCAGGACUUGGUCUUGGCUUCAUAUCUCAGCCAUCCCUACUUGUCUGUCAAGCUAGUGUUGAGGGAAAACACAUGGCCACAGUAUCAGCAUCACAUGCCUUCAUUCGGACACUAGGUGGGAUCCUCGCUACCAGCAUUAUGACUUCGAUCCUGGACAGCCAUAUCAAGUCCGGUAUCACAGGGUUGAUGUACGAGUUCCCUACGCAUGCGUCGGAUAUAGCUUCUACACUUGUAGACCAGCGCAACAUAUACAGUAAUACAAUUCCGCAUGACAUUCAGACAAGAAUCACCCGUCUUUGGGCUGACAGUAUGCACAGUGCGUUUUUCGUAUUUGCUGCCAUCAGCGGGAUAAUACUCAUAUCUUGCUUCGCCAUUACACAUGUCGUUCUUGGCGAGGAGCGCAAGAAAACAAUUGAGUAA